UGAAGAAAGUCCACCGAUGUCUGUGAACUUGGUGGCCUUUGCAGUGACCAACUAUGUAUCCAGGGGAUAUCUAUCUCCCAACCAGUUACCUCUAGGUAUCCUAGUUCCUGUUCAUCUCAUUGAACAAGCGGAAUUUGCACUAGAUCGCACCCAGGAAUUCCUGCAAGCAAUUGAAAUGUAUACAGCACGACCAUUUUCCCUACCAAAACUCGACGGCAUUGUAAUCAAUGAUUUUAUAUACCUUUCAAUGGAAAAUUGGGGAUUAAUGACAUACGACACCAAAUUUCUGCUGUACACCCCGGGAGUGACAAAUCUAGCCCAGACAGUGGACAUUGUAAAAAUAAUAACACACAAUCUAAUGCAUAACUACUUUGGGAACCUAGUUGGUAUCUCCUGGUGGUCGUACACUUGGAUGACAGAGGGAUUUGCAACUUACUUCGAAUAUUACAUGACUGAUGAAUACUUUCCAGAACUCCGUAUGUCUGAUAUAUUUGUAAUUGAAUAUAUGCAAAGAAGUCUCUAUGAAGAUGCUCUCAUUUCUACACGACCAAUGACUAAUUAUGUUGAAGACGUCUUUGACAUUGAUGUUGUCUUCGAUGGCGUAGCUCUUAGAAAAGGUCCAUCGGUGCUUAGAAUGCUAGACCACGUACUGGGGAAAAGUACCUUCCAGAAGGGAAUAAGAUACUUCUUAGAAGAAAUGGCAUACGACAUCGCAGAACCAAGUGAUCUGUACAGAAAUCUUCAGCGUGCGGUGCUUGAAGAUCAAGCUUUGCCUGAGAACCUCACAGUAGCUGAUUUUAUGUAUCCAUGGGAGCACGUUGUAGGAUAUCCUCUAGUUACCAUCAUGAGGAACUACCAAUCCAACGAGAUAGUCAUAAAUCAAAGAAGAUUCCUCUUCCAAAACAACGAAGAUGACCCUGAAUGUUCUUGCUGGUACAUUCCACUCUCAAUCGCAACAGCUACCAAUCCCGAUAUGGGGAAUACGAAACCAUUCGCAUGGAUGCAAAGAGGAACGAAGGAAUUAGUCCUCACAGGUUCUGGUAAUCAUUCUUGGACAUCAAACGAUUGGGUGUUGUUCAAUGUACAGCAAACGGGCUACUACAGAGUAAAUUAUGACACUGAAAAUUGGAGACUACUAGCAACUGAACUCCAUCAAGGACCACCCUUCAAAAUUGACACACUCAACCGGGCUCAACUUAUUGACGAUUCCUUCAAUUUUGCCUAUUCCGACGUCAUUGAAUUUCCCAUCGCGCUGAAUAUCAUUAAAUACAUCCGAGAAGAAGCAGAAUUUUCUGUAUGGACAACAGCUAAUAAACACCUCAUAAGUCUCAAUCGUAGGCUUGAAGGACCUACAUAUACACAAUAUUUCGGCAGGUUUCUCAGACAUCUAACAGUAGACCUAUUCAGGAAGUUAGAUGUCUUCGAGAAUGUCAAUGAUGAAGAAAGUGCCCGGAUCACAUUCCUCCGACCAAUUAUUGUAGACCUAGCUUGUCGUUCGGGACUUGGAAUUUGUCUUACAGCUACAAGGGUUCUUGUAAUGGCAGAAGCUCUGACUGGACAACGUCUGGUGCCUCAGGAACAAAGUUCCGUGUACUACUGCCAUGGUUUGAAAAACGCCAACUGGCAAACGUACUUGUACUUCUGGAAUAGAUUGCAUUCACUCACAAAUGACCAAGAAAGGCAUCACCUUGUGAAUGCUCUGAGUUGCUACCAAAGUAGCUCUUCAGUUUACGACUUACUACUGACCACAUCUGUAAUAGAUACAAUAGAAAUUGUCUACGGUAUGCUGGAACGUUUCAGUAUCUUGUCAACGGCGUUCCGAAAUGGUCACGUGAGAGUGGUCAUAAACUUCCUGAAGGAUCACCAUGAAGAUGUAGCGAAAACCUACACUUUCAACCAUCGAAUGGAUGAGGCACUUCGUGAAAUGUCUGGAUAUCUUCGAACUGAAGAAGAUGUGACUGAAUUUGAAGAAAUGCUCCAAAUUUUCUUUGAAGCUGGACAUCUAAGUUCUUUCCAAAUUGCCGGUAUCAGGCAAGAAAUGGAACACAAUCAAAAAUGGAUAAAUGAAAAUAAGGAUCAAAUCGAAGAGUGGAUUAGCAACUUCUUCGAUCCUGUCGAAAAUUCUUCAUCUACCAAACAUAUUUCGCUUGGAAUCGUCUUCUUUGGAAUCCUUCUUAAACUUUUCUUCUAGUGUUCAGUAUAUUCUAAUCCUCUAUUAUGCUUCUAUGUAUAACGCAUAUUUGAUAAAGUUAUGAUGAACUUGAAAUAUUAUCUUCAUAUAGUGGAUAUUCAAUAAAUAACUAUGAUUGACGUUGAGUCUGAUAGGCAGA